AUGUGCAAGGUCUGUGGCUUUGCAGACCACAGUAAAUCUGAAGGUUUUUGUACCCACUGCCAUAUACCACAUGCAGAUCUCAAAACUGAACAAGCCAUGAUGUAUGAUGAGUCGGACAAGGCACGCGAGGAAUUCUUCAAGACAAACUCAACCCAGUGGUUUGAAUUGGCACGCCUCAAGUACUUUGAUCCUGUGAGGAUGAUGAUAAUUGAUCCCAUGCAUAACAUCCUUCUUGGGAUUGUUCGAACCCAGUGGUUUGAUUCCUGGAUCAAGACCAACACACUUCGUAAGCGCACAAAAACUCUUGGUGUCCCAAGAGAACUAGAUCAGAUUCACACGUAUUUGGACGCAUUUGAAAUGCCCCCUUGGGAGGCUCGUCUUCCAGAGCAAGUCGGCUAUCCCGCAGGAGGAUCUCUCACGUCUGAUGAAUGGAAAGGAUUGGCAUUGGUUUUCUGUCCGAUUAUCAUUCCACUGAUAUGGGAGGAAUGGUCACCCAAGAAUCAGGAACAGAACAAGAAGGACCUUCAGAACUGGGACAAGCGGGAGAAGGCGCGUCUCAAUCAGAUCGCAAAGGGCAAAGGCACAAAGAAAGAUGCUGAACCAUCAGCAAAACCAGUCGAGAGGAUGCAUCCUGACGAUGCAAAAAAUUUUCUUCACCUCACUGCAGCUCUCAAACUGAUUCUUGGUCGUUCUAUACAUAACGACAAUGUCAAGCCAAACCAUCACUACCUGACUCAUAUUUUCGACCAGUUGCAUGAUUAUGGACCUGUCUAUGGGUUUUGGACGUUUCUCUUUAAACGGCUGAACAAGGUACUCAAGAGCUACACCACGAACAAUCAUGGAAAUGGAAAGAUUGAAGUCACCUUUUUCCAUGCCUUCAUGCGAGAUAUCUCUCUUAGGACACUGGUAUGCUGCACACGUAUCCAUCCAUCCAACUAG